AUGUCCGCCAGUAGCUCGGGCGUCUCUCAGAGUCAGAGAGACUCUGAUCGCGUUCUGGCACAAAAUCUAAGGCAUCAGGUCUUGAGCGAGUUCCAUGCAUGGAAAAUCGAACACAUAUUGAAGCCUGCAAAAGAAGAGUUGGAGGCGCGAUUCCCAUCGGAACUGGAACACGAGAAAUUCUUGAGCGUCUCGUCCUGGAGUCGAACCCAAGCCUCCGCUCGCUGGCACGACCCCCCACACGACGACAAUGUUAUAAUUUACCACGACUUGCUCGGAAACAGCCCUCCGCAGCGUAUCGAUGUUGCAUUCAUCGAAGCGGGCAGGCCUGCGAGGGGAGAAGAAUAUAUUCCUUGCCCACCGUAUCGAUACUGUGCUCCGAUUUCUGCUAGCUUUAACGCCGAGGUGGACAGUAAUUCAUCUGCUCAGUAUAUACCAUUUCCCGAUGACGGGACAUUCCCGCUGGACGGGUAUCUGGCGACGUUCAAAAACUGCGACUGGCUUUCUCAAGGACGCGAUGGUAAAUUUUCCACUGUAACGCCGAAUCCAGACGAUGAGCUCAUAACGUACGAAACCAUCCGGCGGCUUCACUACGACCACGGCUUCACAGAAGAAGACAUCAAUACCGUCCUCAAAACUGUGGACGGCAUGGGAGGAAGACCUCUCCGCUGGGGAUUUGAAAACGGGUUGUACUCUGACGAAAGUGGUUUUUUGUGGGAAUCGAGUCAACGGGAUAUUCCGAACAUCAUCUGGGCUGAUGGCCACGAAACCGCGACUGCCCCACGCCUUCCGCCCGACUUCGGCGGAAACGUGCCGUGUGCUGACCAGGACCUGAUCGCUCGGCUGAAUAGGAAUGGCAAGAAAUUCUGCCCGAAUCUCAACUGCAUAAUGCACUGCUGCCGAAUUCAUAUCUCGCACGAUUGGGAGGAAUUCGCGCAGCCAUUUUAUGAAAAUAUUCCUCAGCUCACGAGCCGGGAUCUUGUUGUCCAGAAACAGCAGGCAGACAACUCUGGGCCCUGUGGUGACAAAUGCUUUCUGUAUGCGCUGGAUCAACGCGAAGAUGUCGAUAUGGAUAUCGAGGAAGCAAGUGAGGGACGAGCCCUGGUCCAAGGCCUUCUUAAAUUGCAACCCGACCUGUGUCCUUGCGAUCUUGCGACCAUCGCUGGGGUUGACUGCGACCAGGCGUUUCAUAUCCGUCAGGCGUUCGUCAGCGAUAAAGAUGUUUCCUUGUCUCAGUUCUCGCCGCCACACACACCAAACACUGGCAGAAAUAAGAACAAGCAUCGAGUGCCAGAACGUAUGUACUACUGCGCCGCUUACACCCGUCGUUUUGAUUCACCGCAAAAGCAAUGGGCGAGGCCACCCGCAGCAUUCAAGUUUCAUACCAGAGUCCCUGCAACCAUUUUGGCGAGUGCGGCGCUGCUGGCUCGAAUUGCUCGUGUUUUGAAGCUAAGGUUUAUUGCGGAAGAACGUGCGAAUGCCCGCCAACUUGUUCAACUUGUCUGCAUCGCUGGCCCGGAUGCAACUAUACCUGCGCGAAACGGGGACAUUGCGGGCUACCACCCAUCAAAACAGUGGGCAAGGCGGCCUCCACAGUGUGUGCCUGCCGCGGAGCUCAGAAGGAGUGUGAUCCGGAGCUAUGCACGGGAUGCGACGCAAAGUUGGCUCAUAAUAGGUCUAAGACGGCAUACGACUUAUCGACCCCAGGAAUUACAAACCGAAAAGGGCAAAACAAAGACAAUUCUGCGAAAACAUGGAGGUCCAGCGUGGAGCAUGCAAGUCAUCGUAAAGACGUCGAAAUAUGGCUACGGCGCUUUUGCAGAAAGAAACAUCAACGCUGGAGAUCUUAUCGGUGAUUAUCCUGGCGAAUUAAUCCACGACCAGCACAUGCGCUCGGAGCAUAGAGGUAUACUUUCAACGCACAUGGGAACCAAUUAUCUCUUUGCAUUGGGAACUGGCGUGGUGGUGGACGCACUGUCCAUCGGAAAUCCGACACGCUUCCUCAACGAUCCAAAGCCCCGAGCGGCCAACUGUGUAGCAGGAGAAGUGGUCGUCAAUGGUCAACGGCAAAUUGUGAUCCAUGCAACCAAACAGAUCCGGAAGGGUGCGGAGCUCACUUUGUCAUAUGGCGAGGGGUACUGGAACGGUAGCGUAUAA